UUUACACUGCUGCCGUGGCCGGUGCCCGGGGUUGACAUACCCGCUUUGUUUUUUCCUUGCGUGUCUGCACUGCUGCAAGAUGUUUCGCUGUGCCCAUGUCCUGCACCAGUCGCCACUCACGGCUUCCAAUCUUCUCACUGGCGUCAGGUUUACCGUUCGAAAUGGAACAAAGAGCGGUCGGCGGUUUUACAAGCAGGAGGCGUACAAGCCGGUGACGAUGAACGACCUGCCCGUGCCGCGCGGCUCCUGGGCGCAGCUGCACGCGCUGAAGCAGAGGAACUAUAACCUGACGCUGGCCGGCGGCCUGGCGUUCACCGGCUUCACGGCGUUUGUGGCAUACCAAAGCAACUUGAUCGUGUUGAAUACGACUCCCGAUCUCAAGAAGAUGAACAUCCGCACGUCUGUCCCCGAGCCGGCGUCCACUGCCGAGAGCGGCGCUGCGCCAGACGACGUCGCGGCGGCGUCGCCUGCGCCGGCCGGCACCGAGGCGGCGCCGGCAGCCGCGGCGGCCGAGCCGCUGCCUGAGGUGCCCGCCCACGUGCCGUACCUUCUGGUGGGCGGCGGCACCGCCUCGUUCGCCGCCUUCCGCGCGAUCAAGGCCAAGGACGCCAAAGCCAAGGUUCUGGUGGUGACGGAGGAGCCGCACCUACCCUACAUGCGACCGCCGCUCUCCAAGGAGCUGUGGUUCUCUGACGACCCCGAGACGCCCAGCACGCUCAAGUUCAAACAGUGGAAUGGAAAGGACAGGAGCAUCUUCUUCGAGCCGUCCGAGUUCUACUGCCGGCCGGCGGAGCUGCCCGAACGCGAGAACGGCGGCGUGGCCGUGCUGGCCGGCCGGCGGGUCGUCAAGCUGGACGUGAUCAAGCGGCGCGCCUACCUGGACGACGGCUCGGAGAUCACCUACGACAAGUGUCUGCUGGCCACCGGUGGCCAGCCACGCUCGCUGCCGGCGCUCGAGGCCGUCCGAGACAAGGUGACGCUGUUCCGCACCAUCGACGACUACCGCUCGCUGGAGGAGACGAUGCGCAAGGCCAAGUCGGUGGUGAUUGUGGGCGGCGGCUUCCUGGGCAGCGAGCUGGCCUGCGCGUUGGGCAGGAAAGGCAAGCAGACCGGCCUGACGGUGACCCAGACGUUCCCGGAGCCGGGCAACAUGGGCCGGGUGCUGCCCGAGUACCUCAGCAACUGGACCACGCGCAAGGUGCAGGCCGAGGGUGUGCAGGUGCUGACCGGCACCAGCGUGAAGUCAGCCCGCCGACAGGGCGAUGCCGUGGAGCUGACGCUGGACGACGGGCGCCAGCUGACGGCGGACCACGUGGUCGUCUCGGUGGGCCUGGCGCCACGGACCGAGCUGGCCGCCACCUCCGGCCUGGAGCUGGACGACACGCACGGCGGCUACCGCGUCAACGCCGAGCUGGAGGCGCGCUCCAACCUCUGGGUGGCCGGGGAUGCCGCCUGCUUCUUCGACGUCCAGCUGGGGCGGCGCCGUGUGGAGCACCAUGACCACGCGGUCGUGUCGGGCCGGCUGGCCGGCGAGAACAUGACCGGCGCAGGGAAGCCGUACUGGCACCAGUCGAUGUUCUGGUCCGAUCUGGGGCCGGACGUGGGCUACGAGGCGAUCGGUAUCGUGGACGCCGCCCUGCCGACGGUCGGCGUGUUCGCCAAGGCCACGGCCAAGGACACGCCCCAGGCGGUGGUGGAGGCCACGGGCGAGGGCGUCCGCUCCGAGACAGAACAGGCGGCGGAGUCGUUGCCGCAGACGGCCCCCACCGCGCCGCGGCCGCCCCGCCAGGGCGAGGAGUACGGCAAGGGCGUCGUGUUCUACACCAGGGACGACACCAUCGUCGGCCUCGUCCUAUGGAACGUGUUCAACAAGAUGCCCACCGCCAGGAAGAUCAUCAAGGAGGCGAGAAAGUCCGACGAAAUCAGCGAGCUAGCCAAAUUGUUCAGCCUAUACGACUCAGAAUGAGCGUCAGCGGGCUGUUAGUGCAAGCGACGCGGACUGGGCGGCGCUGGCGCGGCCACCAGCGGCGCACGGUCGCGCGCCGACCCGGCGGCGGCGGCGGCC